CGGCUGCUUGCACUCACCAUGCCCGUCAAGUAGCCUCGACCUUCCUGGAGCCCUCUGCUCUGUCCUCACGCUCCUUAAUACUCUCACCAUCCACCUCUUCCUCCCAUGUCGAGCUCUACGCCGUCCUCGGUCUCCCGAUACCGCCCUGCGAUUCUGAUAUUGACUGGAGCUAUCGCCGGAUAUGCCGCAUACCUUCUGUACAACAGCACCCACGCUCCUUCUCAACCACCGCUCCAUCGAAGCAAUGCCGUGCGAAGACCGGGCCCCCGCAGCACACACUCCCGCAUUGCGCGCACCCUCCAACACCUCCAGCAGAAUGCAGAGCCAGUUGGGGAGUUUGACUUCUUCGGCCACCCCAUUGUCCUCGAUCCUCGCGACCUUAUAUCUGCGGCUGAACUGCGCGAUAUCGCCCAGCACUCUCAGCCCGGUGCCAGUCCCGAGCUGGUUGACACCAUGAUCGGACAGCUCUACGAAACCUUUCUCGACCGUCUACUUGCUCUCACGUUUCCGAACGGGCCUGUUUCCGAAAUUGACGGAAUAGCCCUCACUCAGUUGCUGAACGGUCGGAUGCAUAGCCUGGAACCUCUGACCCGGGCUUUCGAAAGGCACAGCGCCAGAUUCGCUGGAGGGGACACUAAUGCAAUUCAUGGUUCAGAUGGCGCUGAGAGCAUUGCCCCCACAGAGCUGUCACUACUGAGCGAGGACGACUCGGAUGAUUUAACUACAGACCCCGACGGGCAGACUCUGCAGCGCACCCUCUAUCACAUUGCAGAGGACCGGGCAAGGCAGGAGGGUGUUAUUCAUCGCGGCAUAACCUGUAAUGCAUGCGACACGAAGCCUAUCCGCGGCAUCAGAUGGCGGUGUGCUAAUUGUGCCGACUACGACCUAUGCUCCGACUGUGAAGCAACCAAUACUCAUAUCAAGACUCACAUAUUCUACAAAAUCCGUGUUCCUGCCCCCUACCUGGGAUUUCCAAAGCAGGAGCCGAUAUAUCCUGGCCGCCCACAUGUAAUGAGCCCAUCCAUCAACUCGGCCAUCAAAAAACGGCUGGUCUCAGAAACUAAAAUGGAGGGUGAGGAGGUCGAGGCAUUGUGGGAUCAGUUCACAUGCCUUGCGGGGACAGAGUGGAAUUCUGACCCUAACAAUAUUGGAUGGGCCCUUGAUCGACGCGCCUUCAAUCAAGCCUUCAUACCUCGAUAUUCAAGCUUUAUCUCAGCGCCGAAUCUCAUCUAUGACCGCAUCUUCGCAUACUAUGACACGGACCACAAUACACUGAUUGGAUUCGAAGAAUUCGUAAAGGGCCUUGAUGGGAUGCACUCGCGCGAUCCCAAAAUCAAGCUUAGGAUCGUCUUCAAUGGCUACGACGUGGACGGCGACGGCUAUAUCUCUCGGAAAGACGUGUUGAGGAUUUUCAGAGCGUAUUAUGCGAUCGAGAAAGAGGCCACAAGGAAUUACCUCGCCGAAGCUGCUGAGGAGCUUUCUGUUCGUGGCGCACUGGAGACAAUUCGCUCGAGCCAGCCGUUGGGGUCCGCCUUCACGCAGAAUAGCAUCCCGGCUAGGAAUCCCUCAAAUCCACGUUUGCAGGAGAAGUCUUCUGAAGGUCUGGAUAAUCACCAAUCUGUACUGGCUGAGGAUGUCGGAGAUGUUGCGGACCGUGAGGAAAUCAUCCAGAUAACUGAUCCUCAAAAUUCAAUCGUGAAUGGGCACCCUUACCCGCAUCAUUCUGCUGAAGGUUCAGCCAUACACAACAGGUGGGCGCGAAGGCAGUUCUAUGUCGAUGAAGAAGAGGGAUUGCGCCGACCGGAAGACUACGAAGAUUCGCCACCUCGCUCUGAAGCUGGGGAGCAGAUGGAUGGGGUUGUAGAAACAUCCCCCGCCCCUGAGCACGACCGCACUAGGGGUUCACGCUCCUCUUCUAGGGUACGGUUCCAGGAUGACGUCGAUAUCGAGACACGAUCUAAUGCCUCAACUUCCUCUCGCCCGGUUGGAGAACGAUGGGGUGGCUACGAGAUACCCGAGCCCGAAAAGGAUCUCGGAAAGGAAGUUUUGUAUCAAAUAACCCAACAAGCCUUCAACGAGCUCCUGAGUCCCCUGUUCCAAGAAAAAGAGGACAAUGCCAUGGACGCCUUCGCAACCCGAGCCGAACGACGGAAACUUGCCCACCAAAUAGACAAGACAAUCCACGAUUUCAAAGAAGAAAAGCUCGCCAACAAAGUCGUUAUCUUCCUAGGAGCCUUCAAAUACGCAAGGGUGAUGCUAGACAUACUCACAAGUACCCCUGACACGAUCGAAGAUUUCUUAGGAGAGCUAAGGGACCAGGGUGCACAGUUGAGCCUGUCGAUCUUCCGCGAGCGUCUUUGGGCAUUGCUUCAGGGGACAGAGGAAGAAGUUGUCCAUCAUUACAAGAAUCGUUGGUUCGAAGACUGGGAGCCAAAUGUAAUGGAUCUUUGGAAUGCGAAGCUUACGCGGCUACAGCUUCAAUACGAGUUGUGGGACGCUAUUCAUUGUCUCGCAACUCAAUUUGAGUGGCUCCCCAAGGAGUCCUGGUCGCUAAGAGAACUACCCAAAUCUUCUUCUCAGCCUCGGAAUGCGGAAGAAGAGGGCAACAAUCAAAGCGAAGACCAAAUACCGUAUCGCGAUCCUACUAUGCCGCAGUUUCGGCCGAACUCUAUCGUUGAUAUGGAAUCUCCCACUCAACUAAAUGGCGAUCAUCAAAGCGAGGUAGACGAGAGUGCAGCCAGUACAACCCCUUCAUCCGACCGCGUCUUCGUCGUCAACGAAGAGGACUUUGAAAUUGGCCAUUACUCGAGCACACCACACGGUCCCUUCUUCGUUCUCCAAGGCAUGAUGUACACCAGCGCUGCCCCAAGCGGACCUCCCUCACCCUCAUCGGAACCUCAACGAGGCACCGACACAGCUGUGCCAACACAAGCUGCUCUACCUCUACUUCCCCCGCCGCCUCCGCCGCCUCCUCCACCUCCGCCACCUCCGCCACCGCCUCCUCGCACUCCAUCCCCUCCUCCAUCCUCAACCCACCGCCCUGAACCCCCACGCAUGUACAACGACCCCCAAAUCUUCCUCCUCUGGAUAAACACCGCUGCGCUAACCAUGCACGUUGUCCAACGCCCAGUCGUGCACUCCCAAUCCUGGGAACACGAAAACUCCCAAAUAGCUCUCGAACGCAAGAUCCGACGUGCUGCCAUGGAACCCGACUCCCCACUCCACCUUCACAUGCUCUCUAGCCUCGACACAGUCGAAACCGAGAUCAGCGAGCGGAAAGGUAGCGGGCUUCUCAGUUUCGCUGAAUUCGAGGAUAAGAUGAAGGAGGGCAGGCUGAGGUUCUUAGAGGCUUGGAUGGAUUGGGUGAGUUUUUGAACACACCCGGCCGAUAUCCGUUGCAAUUGGUAUCCUUAGGAAGCCUCCAUCCCCUCUCGCUAUAUUAUCUUUUGUUCACCCGCCGUUCCAAGAAUAUCUAGAUUGGUAGCUUGGCAAAUUCAUAUUUACCUGCGCAUCUAGAUCCGCGAAUGGGCCGUCGGAUGGAAGGACUGGGAUUCGAUUGGUGUGCUGGUGGCUAGGCACGAGGUUUUGAUGCGCGAGAUGGAUACUACGAGUGAGGAAUCAGUUUGGAUGCAACUUUAUUACGAUACAGCAGAAGAGUGGGCUCAGGUAGCUUAUUAAAGGCUGGACUGGAAUGAUGUAAUACCGGGUGAUAGUUAUAGCGAUUUUACUGUAUCACACUGAUGACGGACGUUGGUGGCUCGCCGAUUCGGUGGGUCCGCGUCACGGAUGGAUUGUAUGAUAUAAGGCAACAUCUGGGGGCUAAAACGGU